UCCAACACGUACGGCACGCUGCGUGUGUUGAAGUGUGAUCAGAGCUGCCUCACUGAGCCAAGCGGACCCGAAACAAACAAGCAGGACUGCAGCUCAGAAGAAAGAUAAGGGAGAGAAGAGCCUCGCACUGAGAAAGAUAAUCAUCCUUAUUUAUAAAGCUGGAAGCUCAUUUUAUAUUUUUAUUUUGUUGGUUUUUACCCUGCAGCUGAUAGCGGAUGUAUUUUUUUCUUUAUGUAAAUGAGAUAUUUUUAUGCGCCUCUUUGCACAAGAGUGGACCUUGCAGUAGCAUUUCUGCUGAAAAUCUCUAGAUAAGAACAGUGAGGGAGAAGAAGAGAUGGAGAAAGCACAGGGCUUCUCUCCGGACAGAAACGUCCUCUGCCUGUUUGAUGUGGACGGCACUCUGACACCACCGAGAGAGAAAAUCGACCCGGAGCUGGAUGAGUUCUUCCAGACUCUGCGGAAGAAGGUGAAGAUCGGCAUCGUGGGAGGGUCGGACUACUCGAAGAUUGCAGAGCAGCUUGGGGAGGGAGAUGAUGUGAUACACAAGUUUGACUAUGUGUUUGCUGAGAAUGGGACGGUGCAGUACAAAGAUGGGAAACUCCUCUCAAAACAUGCCAUUCAGAACCAGAUCGGGGAGGAGCUGCUGCAGGACCUGAUCAACUUCUGCCUCAGCUACAUGGGACUCAUCAAGCUGCCAAAGAAAAGGGGUACAUUUAUUGAGUUCAGGAACGGAAUGAUCAACAUCUCCCCCAUCGGUCGGAGCUGCACGCCAGAGGAGCGAAUUGAAUUUUCUGAAAUCGACAAGAGAGAGAAGAUCAGGGAGAAAUUUGUUGCUGCCCUGAAAAAGGAGUUUGCUGGGAAGGGACUCCGGUUUACUAAAGGUGGCCUCAUCAGCUUUGACAUUUUCCCAGAGGGCUGGGACAAGAGACUGUGUUUAGAGGUGCUGGAGAGGGAAGGCUUGGAUGCCAUCUACUUCUUUGGCAAUGAGACCUCAGAUGGAGGAAACGACUAUGAAAUUUUCAACGACCCACGGACCAUCGGCUUCACGGUCUACUCUCCAGAGGACACAGCUCGGCUCUGUCGGGAGAUUUUCUUUGACGCUUUACCACAUGAGUCCUGAUGUCCCGAACUGCCCCCUUUCUCCUCAUGCACAAGCCCCGUCUGAACACGAGUCUGUGGCCGUCUGCCGGCGAGCCCAGGCUUUUUUAAACUGACGAAAGGUACUGAUCUCUCCAUGUUUUUAAUAUUUCUAUUAAAUUUAAAUGGACUGAAGCGGGGUGAAUGGGCUACACCUGUACGGAAAGUCACAGUUCUUUUUUUAAAGAAAAGAAGGGAUGUUGACGAGGGAAGUGUUACAUGUGCAGAGGACUGUGCCAGGAGAUGUUCUCUGACCGGAGAGUUGCGUUACUGUGACGUGCAGCACGUUCACUUUGAGAGAUUGUAACACUUGAUGCAGUUUUUAAAUAAUGUCAUUCUCCAGAUUGAUGAUUUGCACUAAUGCUGACAUAAUUUUUUGCCAAUAAUUGGUAUUGUCUUUUUAACUCUGCUGAUGGAGGCGAGCAGUGUGAGAGACUGAUAUUAAACAGAAUGAUUCUAUGAGAAUUUCUAUGAAAACGAGAUCGGAUUUAAGGGCCUUUUUUUAAAUCUCAAGUUGAGGAUACAGAGGAAUCAUUCCAGAUGUUUUAAUGUCUGAACUGUACGUGUUUGACUGUUUUACCGUGUGAUCACAAGGACGUUGGAUUUAUGUUUUAACUUCUUUAACAGAAAGAAGCUUGCUGCCAUUUCUCAAUCUGCUUCUCAAAGCUCUUUAAAUCACAUCUAAGGGAAGGUUCUAAAGAUUCUGACUCGGUGAAUUUACUGUAAUCAGUGAAUUAAGCUACUGCCACUGUAUACUUAUGUGACUCAAUAUGGAAACUUUUUCUUACAAGCUGUACUUUUGCCUGCAUGUGAUACGCGUGACUGCAUCUGCUGAUGGUUUUCCAGUUGUAUGACAUCAUCAACAGCUGCUUAAAGUGGACCAUCAGGCUCAUUUCCAGCUGCUUAUAUUUAUUCUUUGACUCAUGCUAGUCUUUAGUUAUCCUACACUGAACCUUGCUGCAGCUCAUCCUCUGUCUGAAACAAGCCACUUUAGCUCCUCUCUUCUUAUGCAAACUUUCUUCUGAUUGGCUGCUUGUCCUAAACCAAAGGUUUGAGAACAACAGGAGACAAUUGAGUACUGAGGAUAUCCGUAGAUGGAGCCGAUAUUGGAAAAAACUCUGUGAAACUGAGGUUUUAGAGCAGUCUGAAGCCUGAGGUGUUCAUUCAUGUAAGAGCAUUAUAGGUCCUCUUUAAAGUAUUGCAAAAAUGCCUUUUAAUCAUGUUUAAAAUGUGUUAGCAUCAUUUUUCAGUCACAUCUGUUAUUGGUCUGAAAAAAUCCAUCGUACAUCAUGGAUCAUUGAUGCAAAUAUGUGGAUUUUAUGUCAUAUAUGGAACAUAUCUGUUUCUGACUGUAAGCACUCCUUCAACCUGAAAGACUACAGGGGUUGUGUAGACUGACAUGCGCAUCUGAAUAUGAGCCUGUAACACUGACUAUACUGUAAGAUUGGUAACAUAUGGAUGGAAAUGAACCGUAUUAAAUGUUUAUUCAUUUUCUGUUCAGUGUGAUAUGUUGUCCAAGGACUAAAAUGUUUUUUCCAGUAAAUUUUUAUUGAAAAUCAAAGUG